CACAACCUCAGGGAAAGCAGUCGCUCUCUGAUUGGUCUAUUGCCGCAAAGACCCGCCUUGUGCACGUGAUGUUGUUGAAGGACGUCCUCUCCAAGCAGUAAACAAAAGGUCUUUUUCUCAUUUCCGCUCAAAAACACGAAAAAAAUGAAAGAUGAUGUAACACCAGAGCUUGAGUCCAACUGUAUGACAACACCAAGAUGGAUCGAUGAGGAGGAGGAGGAGGAUGAAAACCUCAGCCCCACUGACCUGUCUGAGAUGUUAGCUGAGGGCACGAAGGAGGCCCACGACCGAGCAGAAAACUGCCCGUUUGUUAAAGAUUUCCUCCGGGGGAACAUUAAAAAGGAACUCUUUAAGCGAGGCACAGCAGCUUUAUAUUUUGUCUACUCUGCCAUGGAGGAGGAGAUUGAGAGGAAUAAAGACCAUCCUCACAUCGCUCCAAUCUACUUCCCCGCAGAGCUUCACCGUCGAGAAGCUCUCGUCAGAGAUCUGGAGUAUUUUUAUGGAGACAACUGGGAGAGCCAGAUCAGCCUCUCUGCAGGCAUUAAACUCUAUGUGGAUCGCAUCCACGAGGUGGGCCAGAAGGACCCGGUACUGUUGGUGAGCCACUCCUACACCCGCUACAUGGGCGAUCUCUCAGGCGGACAGGUCCUAAAGAAAGUGGCUCAGAGAGCGCUAAAGCUCCCCUCUACAGGAGAGGGUCUGAACUUCUACCAGUUUGAGGAAAUCCACAGUCACAAGAGCUUCAAGCAGCUUUACCGAAGUAGGAUGAACGAGCUGGAGCUGGACCCGGAGACCAAACAAAGGAUUGUCGACGAGUCCAAUAAAGCUUUUGGCUUCAACGUGACGGUCUUCACAGAACUGGAGGAGAUUGGAAAGACCAUCAAAGAGGAGGUCCAGGAUGCAGGUUCUGGACACAGCCAUGCAGAAAUCAUGCAUGGUGGUGAUAUCAGCAAGUGCCCAUACUAUGCAGCUAAAAUGGCUGUCAGUGGGAAUCCCACCCCUGUGGUCCAGCUGGUCCAGACUCUUUUCAGAAGCCUGUCCUGUAGGAUGGUGCUGGCCACCUGGGUUGCCAUCAUUGCAGGGUUUACUGCCUGGUACCUGCUGUGAGCUCAGCAGACACCCGAUGUGCCUACAGUCAUCUCACAGCAAACAAACAAUGACACUGUUGUACCUUUUUUUUUUUAACCUCGUUUGGACAAUACAAUCCAGUACUUGACAUUUUCAUAGCUCUAUUUAUUUACACGGCACUUGUAGAGCAUGAUUUUUGAGUCUUUAGGUCUGUGGGUGAUGAUGAUGAUGAUGAUGUACACUGUAUUCUGCAUUAAGUCUGGUCUGUAUGCAGAGUUUAAAGUUUCAAAGAUUUAAAAGCAUGAACUUCUAAUGUAUUCAAUAUACAGAAUCACAGGUUGUGUUGAAAAUAUGCUGCUUAAAGAAGCAGUGUUCACAUAGUUGUAUAUUUGUUCAUCAGUAAAACUAGUUAAAUCUCUGCAAUUUCUGAGUUUUGCAUUUUAGGGCAACUGAUCAUAAACUGGAGUCUCCUGCUUCUGUGUUUGUGAAAACAAAGGUGUAUAGUAACGUUUACUCAGUUACAGUAAAUAUUAGUUUUUUGAGGA